CACAGCGGGAAGCAGCUGGAUCCCUCUCCCCCCACCCAGGGCUGGAUGAACCAGCUGCAGGUCUAUGACCCCGAGCUGUUCCACCCCUCGCUCACACACUCGGUGUUCACCACGCUGGAUGGGGCCACCCUCAAGCUCUCCUACCCCAAGAGCAACAUCCCGCGCCGAGCCACCUUUGAGGAGGAGAUCCUUGACUCCGUCUUCGUCAGCCACCGCUGCUACAACCUGACCGAUGCCAAGGUCUUCCUCUGUCCCCCCAGCCUGGCCCGAAAGAGGACAUGGAACAAGAAAUACCCCAUCUGCAUCCUCCUCCCCGACCCGGCGGAGGUGGAGGGCAGGAGCAGCGAGGAGCACGACACAGAGCUGCUGAGGGACGAAGGGACAAAGAAGGUGGCAGUGCCAGGGCACGAUGUCCCAGGGGACUGCAGGGAGAGGUGCCUGUACCUCUUUGGGCGGACGGGGAGGGAGAAGGAGGAAUGGUUCCAGCACCUCGUGCGAGCGUCCCAUGGGACCCCCAGCAGCAGCCGCGGUGACACCAGGGCAGGGAUGGGACCAGCUCCACAGAGCAGCGGCAGCAGCAGCGGAGGGAGCGCUGAGGACAUCCCCUCAGCCAUCCCACCCAAGGAUCUGGCAGGAAGCGUCCAACAGAAGAUUCUCCUGGAUUACAGCACCUACAUGGCCCGAUUCGUGCCAGCGCGGGUGGGGGGCAGCCCGACCCAGAGCCCCUCUCACCCAGCACUGGGCAGCCCCCCACCUACAAAGGUGAGCGAGGACGGGGCUGGGCGCAGCGAGGUGUGCAUGGCCUGGAUGAACGCUCUGGUGGGACGCAUCUUCUGGGACUUCCUCCGGGAGCGAUACUGGGCUGAGCAAGUGUCCAACAAGAUCCAGAAGAAGUUGAGUAAGAUCAAGCUCCCGUAUUUCAUGAAUGAGCUGACACUGACGGAGCUGGACAUGGGCACAUCCAUCCCCUCGGUCCUCAGCGCCUCCAACCCCACCAUCAAUGACCGAGGGCUCUGGGUGGACAUGGAGGUCACCUACAGCGGCUCGUUGCAGAUGACGCUCGAGACAAAGAUGAACCUCUGCAAGCUGGGGAAGGAGAGCGCUGCAGAGGAGAGCAGCCCAGCAGAGGCAGGUGGAGAGGGGGCCAGGCCACGGCUGAUCCUGCUGGCAGACAGCGAUGCGGAGUCAUCCAGCGCCGGCUCCUCCGAUGAGGAUGAUGUUGCCACCACAGAGCCCACAGGAGCCCUGGGGGAGCGGGUCCCACCGCCCGGCACCGAGGGCCACGUCAGCGGUCACAGCACGAGCCGCAAGAUCCUGCGCUUUGUGGACAAGAUCGCCAAGUCCAAGUACUUCCAGAAAGCCACUGAAAACGAGUUCAUCAAAAAGAAGAUCGAGGAGGUUUCCAACACACCGCUGCUGCUGACGGUGGAGGUGCAGGAGCUGACAGGCACCUUGGCUGUGAACAUCCCACCACCACCAACGGACCGUGUCUGGUACAGCUUCAGAGUCCCACCCCAGCUGGAGCUGAAGGUGCGCCCGAAGCUGGGCGAGCGGGAGGUGACGUUCCUCCACGUCACCGAGUGGAUCGAGAAGAAGCUGCAGCAUGAAUUUCAGAAAAUUUUGGUGAUGCCAAACAUGGAUGAUCUCAUCAUUCCCAUCAUGCGCUCUGGCCUGGAUCCUCAGCCACCCACUGGAGGACUUCCUAGAGACCCACCACCAGCCAAGGGAGAGAAAAGGCUCUGA